AUGCUGCGGAUAGUCUCGACUGUGGAGUUUAAUAUCAAAUUCCUGCGCCUACUUUGUAGAUUAUGUUGCCAAGCACAGGCGAACGUGAAGUCAUCAGGCUCGCUUGGGAGUCUGGGACCAGCAGUUUUGCGGCGGCCAGCGUCGAUGGUCGACCCAGAUGUGAUACAAACCCACGAGUUAAAUAUUAUCUACGCCUAUUUGACUCACCAGAGGACCAUGGGACGACGGCGAUGCGCUCAGUUCACAGUCGCCUCCUGUCGCGUGAAAAUCGCGGGUUCGGUGCGUUGCUGCCUUGAUGGGUGGGCUCGCGCAAUUCGGUUCAUAUAA